CCCUGAAGCCUGAACUCGAGUAGGCCCCAAGGAAGCCAGGAAGAAGAAGACAGAGGCAGAGCUCUCUGCAGCAGCAGACCCUCUGCCCAGAACAUCCUCCAGCACAGCUUUUGCCAGAUUCAACAGAGGCAGCUGUGACCAUCAGGUCUCUGGGCAAGAGAGCUGGCCUUGUGGGAGCAAGCAUGGAUGGUCCCCUUUGCUAAGCAGGGUCCACCUUGGUUUGCAUUUGGAUGGAAGGCUUCGUAUGAGCACUGGAAGAAGUUCUCCUGAGGGGAUGGGGCCAGAGCUCAGGGGAAUAGCACCUGCCUGCUUGUAUGCAGAAGAUACCCACGGACUUCCUGGCAUCUCCAGGUAGGGCUGGGAGAGACCCCUGCCUGCGAUCUUCCAUCUCUUCUGCCUGUCAGGAGGAGGUCAGUCCAGCAAGACCUGCCUUUGAAAGUGUGCUUCAGGAUGAAAAAAGUUGGAAAACGCUAGGGUAGAGCAGUCUCUGUGUUAGAGAGCUCAGGAGGGGAGGAGCUACAUCAGAAGUGCACAGGAGCUCAAGGAGCAGCCUCUGUGAGAAUAUGGCCAGAAAAAGCCGUGGUGGAAUUUGGAGGCUCCAUUGUGUUUAACUGCAGCACCACCUGCAAGGAUUUCAUAAGACUUGGCCUGGAGACCAAGGAGUCGAUGAGAAGCAGAGAAACUGGGACCACUUGGGCCACUUUUGAACUUCUAAAUGUCAGUAAUUGGGACACCAAACCAUCGUGCUACGCUCUUUGCACAAGUGCAUCCCCACAACAUGCAGCCGUCACAGUUUACCGAUCUCCAGAGCGAAUCGUGUUGGAUCCGUUGCCAGAGAUGGAGGUGGGCAAGGAAUAUAACUUGACAUGUCGGGUUCACAAUGUUGCCCCCAGACGGAACCUCACUGUGACCUUCCUGAAAGCAGAGACGAAACUACACCAAGAGACAUUUAAGGAGCACUCGGCAUUGGAAGCUGGUGACGUCGUGGCGACCCACAGCAUAACUGCUCAGCUAUCUGACAAUGGGGAGGAGUUUAGCUGCCAGGCAGCCUUGGAUCUGAGGCCCGAAGGGCAGCUCUUUGAAAAGGCUUCCCAGAACCAAUCAGUAACAGUAGUUGAUUUCCCUGUGGAUCCCCGUCUCAACACCUUACAUGACAUACUGGAGAUCAGUACUGAGAUGGAUGUGGAAUGUGAGGUGGCUGGGGUUUUCCCGGCCAAAGAGGCCCGGUUUGACCUGACUUUUGCUGGGGAGAGAUUGAAGUUCAGCGUCAAUGUGUGGAAUGAUACGGCCACAGCCAAGGCUCAGGCAUCCUCCUCCUCAGUAGGAAAACAUGAGCUGAACUGCACAGUCUCUCUGGGGCCGAUAAUCAGAACGGCAACAAAAACUGUGGCUGUGUACAGUUUGCCUGACCCCAUCCUGCAUGUUGACCCCCAAGCGGUGCUUGUCAACGAGGCUGUGACCUUCACGUGCAAUUCUAGUGGCACUGGAUCCCCUGGCAUUAAAAUGCAGAUCAGAGACGCCAAGGAAACCUUCGCAUCUGCAAGCAAUUCUUCUCUGCAAGUUGUCUGGACAGCCCAGGAAGAAGAUGAUGGGAGGGAAUUUACAUGCGAAGUGGAGCUGAUGGUGGAUGGGCACCCAGUCCCAGUUGUAAAGAAGACCUCUGCAAAGCUCACUGUCUUCUAUGGGCCGCGAAUGAAUGAUACUAGCUGUCCCAGUAGCUUGGACUGGACAGAAGGCAAUGAGGAGACUUUCUUCUGCUCAGCCUGGGGAAAUCCAAAGCCAACCAUUGAAUGCAGGAAGGAUACAGUGCUGUAUAAACUUGGGACACCACAGCGCAUCACCAGAGAUCAGGACGGGCUCUAUCGGUGCAACGCCACCAAUGAACAUGGCUCUGAUGUUAGAUACGUGACCAUCCGUAUUGAGUUUACCCAACCCAACACCCUGCUAAUAGGUCUGCUGUGCCUCGGUGCGGUGGCGAUUGCUUGUGUUGCUGGGGUGGCCUACAGGAUGUACUACAAUGCCCAUAAGAUUAGGAAAUACGUCCUAAAGCAGAAGCAGCAAGCUGCUGGACACCCUAUGGAGCAGAAGUCACUGAAUGGCAAUGCACAGACUGAGACGGACAGUUGCUAAGUGGGCAGGAGACUCCUGGGAGCUUAUCCUCAUGCCAGCAAGACUGCAGCUGCAGCUGCCCACCUUCCUAGGGGCAGAGAUGGGGAAAACGUUCUUCAGAAGCUGAACAAAUGGUGGUGGGCAGUCCUCUAACUGGACUUCGGCAUUCUUGGAGAGUGAUGGUGCUUGCACUUUCUGAUGGCUGUUGGCAGCAUUCACUACAAGAGAGCCCAUCUGAAGAGAUGGAAGCAGAGGUUCGUGAUUCGUGUACCUUUCACAAGACCUCCCCAUCACUUUCCACCCCAAAUCCCACUGCUGCAGACUUGGAGCGCAAGAGAGAAACAGGCAGGCAGCUGAGACCUUCACACACUGAUCUGCCCGGACCAGAUGUCCUGAAAGAGAGCUGCGUUCAGUAAUCUGAUGGGAAGCAACACAAGGAGACCGGAUAUUGUACUGAAGUGGGUAAAGAAUGGAGGAACCACAUCCAGAAAGAGCUCUUCUCCCAACAGUGGAGGAUUCGGGGCUGAGCAUCCCCUGCAGGGUGUAGUGUCUGCCUGGAUCACUUUUGUAUCACUAGAUUUCCUGGAAUUAUCUGAAGGCAAUAACAUGAUUGCAGACAACAGUCUGGAAAUCAUUUCUACUUCUGGGACCAUUGUCUGGUGAACUUUUCAUAGGGCAACGUGGCACUAGUUGGGACAUGAACAACUCUUGUGGCUUAGGCAGUGGCAAAGCCCACAUCUUGUGGCAGGAACCUGGGAUGGUUUUCUAAUGUGCUUUCUGGCAUGUGGACUCACAUUUGUCUUGUUUAAGAAUCAUGCUGUGUAUCAUAACUCUAAAUCUACUUAUAUUUAUGAAUGUCAGCUUGAAAAGCAGGGAGCCUUUUCCAACUGGAAGAAGAUUUGGACAAUGAAGUGAUUUCCACUGGAAGAGCAUAAAUAGGCAGAAGUCACCCUUUACACCUGAAAACAGCAUACUCUUUAAGAUGAAGGAAACAGCUGUGUCUUCAAAAGACCAGAAAGGGAAACAAGAGCGUGUGUUUCCAUGCUCUCAUUUUUUCACACCUGUGGUGCAAUAAAAGUAUAACUCAGGGUAUUUUCACACAGGUGUAGAAGGGCUUUGGGUUAAAAUUGCUAGGUACUGUGAAUGUGAAAACUGUGCUGGCUACAAUGUACAUGUUGGUUUCUCUUCUGUGUUCCGUCCAUGUGACAAAAUGGUGCAAGAAAGGUUCUGUGAAAAUACCCACAAGGCUCCUACCUGCAUUACAAUCUUUGGUUGCACUGUACAUCUGAAAGUGUCACUGUAGCCGGCACAUGUAUCAUCCCAAGUACGCACUUGUUUGAGAACCAGGAUUGGCAUGUCUCCUUGAGUGCACACAUGGUGCCAGGCACAGGUUUGCUGCUCUAUAAUGUGUGAAAUGGCCCUCCAGUAGGAGAAUAGGAGACCCACCUCCCUCUGUAGUCAACCCUUGAACUUGUUAUAAUCAUAGAAGCAUCUGGAUUUUUACAGACUUCUUGAUUUAAAACUAUCUUUGCAUAUGAGAGGGUUUUCCCCAUCCCCACUCUAUCUUUAAAUGUAUGUUCUGAUUGAUGACUACCCAAAUAACAAAUCCGAGGUCUGAAACUUUGGGGCGGGGGGGGGGGGGGCGGGACGGACAAGAAAAGAAAUCCAUCACACUUGGGAGAGGUGACCUUCAGGGACUGUCAGUGUUUUAUGCAUUGCCCAAAUGUGAUAGCUUUAAAAAAUUGUUUUUGUAAUAUCUAGAAAGUUCCAAUCAAAUAUUUAUGUAUCAUAUUUUGUAUGUAUUUCAUUGCAAGGAUAAGGUAAUGAAAUGGGUUAACAUGGAUUUCUUUUUAUUUAGCACAUCUCUCUACCACCUAUUUGCAAAUCUUUGGGUGGUUCACAAUCUUAAACAGAACAAUUAAAAAAUUUCAUAUAAUUAAAAACUCUAAUACUUAAAACUUCACCAAGAUCAUCAACUGGAGGUUAUAAAUACAUCUAUUGGCAUCAACUGGAGUUUAUAGCAAAUAUAGCACACUGGGUGACAGUGGUAUUGAGUGAAACCAACAAUUUAAAUAAUAAAGCUGAUAUGAUUUGUUUUUUGAAAAAAGAGUUUUCUAAAAUAAAUGAAAAGUUCACUGUAA